CUUUUGUCAGUGGAGGUUUAUAGGUAAUGAGUGAGACAGUGAGUUGCAUUACCAAAGGAAGAGAGAAGCAACAAAAGAGAGAGAUAGAAGAGAAAAGAAAGACGAACAGAAUAGAGGAAAAGAGGACGUCUCGGCGACAAGGUCUUUCUGAGAAUUGGAUUUGUGGUUUUCAGUGAUAGCUAUCGAUUGUUUAGAAAGUGGGUUGUUUUGUGUGCGAAUUUCAAAUGCAAAGAUUCGUUAUUUCUAAACACAUCUGAGGUAACAAUGUUCAGAAAGAAUUUUUUUUUUUUUGUCAAUUGAUCUGUGUUUUUAUUUGCGUGUUGUUGCAGAGGAAGGUUGAAAAAGAAAUUGAAAUCGAUUUUAUGCAAAACAGUCUACAUAUCAUUUGGCUGCCGCUGUUCCUUGGUGUACUAUUUAAUGUUGUCUGCAUCUUUCAUUCUUAUUCAGAGCUUUGGGACAGUGUGCACUUAGUUAUGGCAUCUGAUAUGAGGCACAGAAGAGGAAAAAGAUUGUUGCAACAAAAUGUUAGUGAAGGUCUUAAUCGUGACUCAGAGAUAGAAACAAGAAACAACAGUGAGAAUUUUUAUACCAUCAGAGCCCGAACUGAUAGUGGGGGUUUUGGUACAGAGGGAAUGCAUCAAAGAAGAUCAAGAAGGCCAAGACAUGUUCCUGAACCUCCAAUAACAGAGAAAAAUUACACCUCUGAACACUUGAAUAGAAGAGUUAGACCUGCUGAAGAAAACAACACUCUGUUGUUAAAUGAAACUUCUGUUAACAGUGAAGAUUCGCAUGUUAGUCAUACAUGUCACUGUUCGUUUUCAUUCGGUCAGGCAUCAUAUCAGAAAAGUAGAGAAGGAUUUAUUAUGAGAUAUGAAGAUUCGGGUGAUAAUAUUCAUGAAUGCAAUUAUUGCAGUGCGAAUUUUUGGUUUGGAGAAGCUCUUAAACAAUCAUCUUCAAAUGCACCUCUCAUUUAUACAAAUUGCUGUCAAAAAGGUCAAAUCCAACUUCAGUCAUCAAAAGAACCUCCAAAUUUUCUUGAACAAUUAUUAGAUCCAAAUAAUGGCUCAAAUAGCAGAAUUUUUAGAGAGAAUAUUAGAAUCUAUAAUUCAAUGUUUUCUUUUACAUCAAUGGGAGCAGCGAUUGAUAAAAAUAUUAACAUUGGAUCAGGUCCUUAUGUUUUUAAAAUAAGUGGUCAAGUACAUCAUUUAAUGGGUUCUGUUUUACCUUCUAAUGGAGAAUGUCCUAAAUAUGCUCAACUAUACAUAUAUGAUACAAAAGAUGAGAUUUCAAAUCGGAUUAAUGCUAUUGAUCCUACUCAUGUUAAUACGAAUACUAAGCCAGAUAUUGUACAAGGACUGAUAAAAAUGUUUGACGAAAACAAUGAUUUGACAAUAUGGUAA